CCAUCCAUUCCUGUUAACCGACCCGGGCUCGGUUGUAUGGCUGGCUGCGCCUAGUGCCAAAAAGAUACUUAACUUCACUGUUUCCCCCGAAGAGUCGAGACGACAUCUCCAAUUACGCCAAAAUAAAUAAAGCAACCAAAAUGCUGAUCGCAAGGCUUCGAAACUUGACUGCAAUAUCUCCAUUUUCCUCUUCCUCUUCUUUAUUGAAACAUCGCUUCUUUUCUUCUACCUCUCCAUUCGCUUCUCCAUCACCAACCGAUGUCGUUUCAGAUACUGCGACUGAUGUUGCCGACGUUGCUGCGGAAGAGGAUCUGCCCUACACAGGUGCAUCUAUUUCUUCCACCGUCAAGGCGGCUACAAUGCCCUCUCUCCUUCAGCCACGUGUAGUCGUUUACGAUGGGGUCUGCCAUCUCUGCCAUCGAGGGGUGAAGUGGGUGAUUGAAGCAGACAAAUAUAGAAAGAUCAAGUUCUGUUGCCUCCAAUCUAAGACUGCUGAGCCGUACUUGAGAUUAUGCGGUCUUGAACGAGAGGAUGUUCUCCGUCGUUUUAUUUUCAUUGAAGGCCCUGAAUUAUACCACCAAGCAUCCACUGCUGCACUGAGAGUACUUUCAUAUUUGCCUCUGCCAUACUCUACUUUAAGCGCACUCUUGAUAAUUCCAACUCCCCUCAGGGAUGCUGUUUAUGACUAUGUUGCCAAACGACGCUAUGAUUGGUUUGGGAAAGCUGAUAAUUGCUUGGUUUUGAAAGAUAAAGACUUGCUUGAGCGAUUCAUAGACAGGGAUGAGAUGAUUGAUAGAAGUUGAUUACAUGCGUAAAUUGCAACUUGGCUAUGGAUGGUUGAGGAAUGGUAUAUGUGGACAAUAUCUACACAUAUUUGGUGUAAAUAUAGAGUUGGCAAUAGUGAAAUUACUUGCAGUCAUAGUAAUUUAACCUUGCCAUUUAUGUAUCUUUGCUAACAAGGUGUAGACAACAUCGACGCCAAACACUUCAAAAGAAGAUUAGAUUGGUAGAGCUUUUUGUUAUCAACUGGAAAUUAAAGUAACUAUGGUGAAAGUUGCAGAAGUAUUGAUGACGGUCGGUGAAUAUGAACAAUUGAACACUACUUAAAUUAUGCCACAA